CCGGGAGCCGCUUUGGCUCUCAAGCCCGCCCGCCCGCCAGGGAGCCCCCCCCGCGGCAGGCCGCCGCGUGACUAUAGCAGGCCCGCGCCGCCCCUCGCGAGCCGCAGCCUCCGAGGCAUGGCGCCCGCGGGCCCGCGAUCGCCGCGCCGCGGCUCCCGGGGCCUGCCGCUGCUCGUGCUGGCGGCGUGCUUCGUCGUCCAGUACGUCUCGUGGGCCUUCCCCGGCGCCGCCCGGGCCGCGGUGCCCUCGCCCAAUCCCGAGGGCGGCGGCUUCAUGACGAAGGUGAUCGGCGCCGCCGCGCAGGGCGCCACCGCGGCCUUCGUGGCGGCCAUCCUCUCGGCGGUGACGGAGCCGCUCGUCAACCGCCUGCUCGUGAAGCGCAUGACCUUCGCGCAGGCCUACGCGGAGGUGAACUUCGCCAUCGUCAGCAAGUUCUUCCUGACGACCUUCCCCACCAACAUGCUGAAGUUCCCCGUCUUCGAGGUGAUCAACAUCAUGCUCUCCUUCACGAGCCUCUCCGGCGGGAUCCGCGGCAUGAUCAACGGCUUCCUCUUCUGCACCAUCAUGUUGCCGGUGACGAACUAUCGCUUCCGGAAGAGCAUGGGCUGGGAGAUCACGCUGCCUGCGCUCUACCAGGCAUACGUGCCCACUGUGGUCCGUGACAUUGUCUACGGCUGGUCCCGAGGCUUCGUCGGCGGCGCGAUGUCCGACGUCGCGCUCCCCAAGGAGAUCCGCUUCGGCAUCACCGUCUUCGCCGCGUGCAUCAUCUCGUCCCCUGGCAACGAGUGGCGCGGGUACACCCUCCAGCCCAAGGAGAAGAAGCUGCCGUUCGCCGAAUACUUCAAGCCGAUCAACUACGCGCGCUCCACCGGCGUCGGCGCCACCAUCAUGGGCGUCGCCCUCGGUGUGGGCAUGUUCGUCACGCCAUACGUGGAGCAGCUCGUGAGCUUCCUCGGCACACUGAUCUGAGGCGGCGGCCCAAGGCAGACAGACGGGGGCCAAUGCAACUGAGGUCAGCCAGAGCGCUGGAUUUUGCAGGAUCCUGCAAAGCCAGGGUUGCAUUGACCCGGGCUAGCGCGCAGGAUCCUGCAAGAUCAUGCAACUCCUGUUUGACCCAGGUUUGCACUGACCAGGGUCAGUAGAUGCCCGAAGUCUGCAACCGCUUGCGAACCAUGCGGAUCUGCGCCGGGCGGAAGAGGCCGACGGCAAGAGCACGCCCCAGCCAGGAUUGUUGGUCUGUCCAUGUCAGCCGCUUGGAGCUCCCCCGCGCACUGCUGCAAAUUCAAUAGAUUUUUAUUCAGCGCUGAUGUUGCUUCCCGCAACAAUUUUCGAGUCAAAGCGCGAGACUUUUGGCAAGUAGUUUAAACAUUGGUCACGCCAUCGUGUGAAGUAUGCAUGGGGAAAGAGAAAAAAGG